GGCAGUGAGAAAGGCAUGCAGUUCCAGCUGAAUUGUGUACAGCAAGCAACUAGAGCAACAAUGAACUCGUUUGCACUUUCGGUCUUCGUGCUGGCGGUAGGCGCCGUCUCGGUGUCGGCCAGUCUGCAGCACUACGUUGUGGAGAAGAGCUUCAACCAGGCACAGGCUGAGUGCGCCGAGUACCAAGGCGUUCACGAUGACGAUCUGCUGCGCUACGUCAAGGAAGGCUAUCCCGAUGUGGAGGAGGUUCGCUGUCUGCUGCGUUGCGUUGCCUUCAACCUGCGCUUCUGGAAUCACACCACCGGUCUGCAGAAGCACAUGGUUGCCGGACAUUUCGUGCCGUACCCGGAUGACUUCCACAACGUCGAGCGCACGGAAGCGUGUCUGGCGGAGAACCUGUACACCUGCGACGAUGACCUCUGCACCCAGGUGUACAAGGCGUUCCAAUGCUACUACCAGUACUACGGUGCCUUGAGCGAGUGCCCGCAGUUCGUGGUCAACUCCUACCUUGAGGAUCUGCAGGUCGCCUACGAUCUGUUCGGUAUGCUGGCUGUCUCGCAGUCCACCCUGCAGAGCCUGGCUGGAGGAUGCUUCCCGAGCGGCGAGGAGUCGCUGUGCUUCUUCUACUCGUUCGUGACCCGCACUGGACUGUACAGCGUGGAGGAUGGCGCGAAGCUGGAGCGUCUCUACUACCAGUACAAGGAGGAGGUGUUCAACCCGAACAACGCCCAGACGGUCGCCUGUCUGCAGAACCAGAAGAAACUGGCUUGCAAGAAGAGCACCUGCCAACAGGCCUACGAUACGUUCCAGAACUGCUUCGGCGAGUCGCGUGGUCUGGAGUACCUGCUCCACACCGUGUUCGUCGACGCUGCCAAGGCUUUCCUCGGCCAGCCCGUCUGCUACUGCAACAAGGUUAAGACGUGCCCGCUCCACAAGUGCUACGGACGUUAAGCAGCACCAACCAUGGGACUGAUCCUGAGCAAUUCAAUUCCUGUUGCUCAUUUGCACGAAUCAAUCAAUAAAUCAAAUAUUAUCAAUUGAA